AUGUCGCUCCUUAGCCUGCCGGCCGAGCUGUUCGACAGCCUCGUCGCCACCAUCCUGUCGACCCCGCCUCAUCUGCUCCUGCUGGCCUUUCUCGCCCUCUCGCUGUCUGCAUUCCUUGCCUUCUACCUAGCCUUGCAUGCGGUCGCCCCGAAGCCACGGCCCGUUCUUCCCUCGGAGAAGACCUACCGCACCACCGACCCCAAUGGCGCCGUCGUCACCCGCCAGCUCCCCUGCUGGUACGACCGCUGGCUGGUCCAGCGCCAGAUCAACGAGAAGGCCCCCAUCGGCGACGUCUCGGGCCCUGCCGGCCUCGACGGCGCUCGCGUCCCCGACACUGGCUCCAUCGAGCCCGCCGAGCUGGCCAUGAGCGUCGUCGUCCCCGCCUACAACGAGGAGCUGCGCAUGCUGCCCGCCCUGCAGGAGAUGGUCGACUACCUCGACGCCCGCUUCGGUCGACCCGGUCAAGGCAACAGCAAUAAGAAGGCGGCUGGUGCCGCCAAGCCCUCGAGCCGCCCCGGCACCCCGAACCGGCACGCGCAUAGGCACCGCGUGCCCGACGAGGAGGACGUGACCGGCUACGAGAUCAUCAUCGUCAACGACGGCAGCAGGGACAGGACGGUCGACGUGGCGCUCGAGUUUGCGCGCAAGAACGACCUGCACGACGUCAUCCGCGUCGUCACGCUGGAGAAGAACCGUGGCAAGGGCGGUGCCGUCACGCACGGCUUCCGCCAUGUGCGCGGCCGGUACGCGGCGUUUGCGGAUGCGGACGGCGCCUCCAAGUUCAGCUACCUGGGUAACCUGGUCGCGGGCUGCAAUGAAGUGCUUGACGGAGCGAACCGCGGUGUUGCGAUCGGCAGUCGAGGGCAUCUGGUUGGAAGUGAGGCCGUUGUAAAGCGCUCCGCACUCCGCAACUUCCUCAUGAAGGCCUUCCACUUCGUCCUGAUGAUCCUGACUCCACCGGCGACCUCGCGUCUCUCCGACACGCAGUGCGGCUUCAAGCUGUUCAGCCGAGCCGCCCUACCUCACAUCAUCCCAUACAUGCACUCCGAAGGCUGGAUCUUCGACAUCGAGAUGCUGAUGCUGGCCGAGUCAGCACCCGCCUCCCUGGUGCUCGACGACGAGGGCGCUACUAUUGGCAGGAGCCCCGGUAUUCGGGUUGCAGAGGUGCCCAUCGACUGGCACGAGGUGGAGGGGAGCAAGCUCAACGUACUGCAGGACAGCAUCAAGAUGGCGCUGGGCCUGACGAUCCUGAGGGCUAGCUGGAUGUUUGGCGUGUACAGGCGUCGGAUGAUAUGA